UGGACCGUGACGGCCCAAGUUUAUCUCCGGGUUUCCGCUGUGCUUGUGAUCUUAAUUUGCCUCUUCUUUCUUUCUUUUUGUCUGUUCUUGGUCUUGAGGUGGCGGUGUCGCGGUUCCAUUGGACCGAGACCGACCACCACGCGUCACGCACGCACUGAUUGGGGUUUGGUGCUUAGCCGCCGGCAAGUGGGACCGACGAGCACGAGUUCUUGAAAAGAACAUGCUACUAAAAAGAAAGAAAGGGAAAAGGCACAUACUUGCCGCGUUGGGAUUCUCCAAGAAGAUCCAUUUUUUUAGUAUAUUUUCGUUCCUUUUGUUUCAAUUGUUCUUGCCGAGGAAAUGAUCGCUCCAGCUUAUGCAUAGGUUGUUCAUGUGCUUGUGAUUUUGCCUUUACUAUCUGCGCAAAUACAUGAUCUUUCUUCAUGUUUCUUGGAAUGAUCACAGUGGUGUCUUAUAUUUUCCUGGUUUUGUGUGAAGUGAUUAGACGGAAGGAUGGUUCUGAAGAAGCUGCUUCAGGUGUUUUGUGUCAAGAAGAAGGAUCCCAAGAAGAAAGGCAAAUCCAUUGAUCCACUUUGGCAAGCUUCUGCUCCACACUCCAAUAUGAGUGUCACUGCAGAUAAGAGUAUUUUGAAUCCCUGUUCAAGUGGGACUGGCACUGCACUAUGGAUGCAAAAACAUGAACCUGAGUGCUCAAGCUCAUCAAUGGCAAGAACCGAACAUGGAACUGAGAUUAAUCAUUACAAAUCAUUUAAUCAAUUUGAUGUUGUUCAAGAUUUCUCCGAUCACCACUAUGCAAAGAAAUCACCGGGGAAGACCACCAAAGAAUGGGUGAAGGCAAUCCAAAGCGACUGGAAGCUUCUACAGAAAGAUCUACCUGAAUCUAUAUAUGUUAGAGUUUACGAGGAUAGGAUUGAUCUGCUCAGGGCUGCUAUAGUUGGGCCAGCUGGAACUCCAUAUCACGAUGGACUGUUCUUCUUUGAUGUCCGUUUUCCUUCUGAAUACCCAAAAUGCCCACCAAAAGUUCAUUACCAUUCGGGUGGACUUCGGUUAAAUCCAAACUUGUAUGCGAGUGGGAAAGUUUGCCUUAGCCUUCUGAAUACCUGGUGGGGUAAUGGGUGCGAGAAAUGGGGCAAGUCAAAUUCCACCAUUCUGCAGGUGUUGGUCUCCAUCCAGGGCCUUGUGUUGAAUGAUAAGCCGUAUUUCAAUGAGCCAUAUUACAAAAAUUCGGCUAAUACAACAGUUGGUGAAAAGAAUUCCUUGGCUUACAAUCAGACUGCCUUUCUACUAUCCUGCAGGACAAUGCUGUAUUCACUCCGGAAGCCUCCAAAGCAUUUUGAGACCCUUGUUGCGCGCCACUUCCUCGAGCGUGAGCGUGUCAUUCUUGAUGCGUGUAGCAUUUACAUGUCUGGCACAGUCGUUGGAUCAUCUGUCGAGAAUGGCGCCAAAUAUGCCAGUGACAAGUGCUUUGCAGAUUUCAAGAAGUCGCUGGUGCUGUACACAGAACAUCUGUGGACAGAGUUUGCAGCAAACAGAACUUGCGUACUGGAAUUGAAAAAAGAGGCAUCAACUGCAGAUGAGAUCGUGCCUACCAGCUAGAAUUCUUUCGUCAGAACACCCGACUAUUGCAAUUCACCUUCCUAACUGAAAAGUGAGACAAUUAAUAGGUUUUUGACAGCAGUACCGCACUGCGCAAGAAUUGGCUUUUGUUUCUGGUUUAAGCAUGUUCUUGUCAGACAUUAGCCAUUGCAGAUGUAUUUCAGAUGCUGGCAUAUCUAUUUGAUGACUAAAAUUUAGUCCCAUUCUGUGUCAAUCUACUUAAUGGUUAAAUCCGUGUAACUUGAACAACCUUGAUGGUAAUAGAACAUGUUAUGUUAGUUUCAA